CCACUUGCGGUCCCUUCGGACACGGUCAGCGGUGAGAAUUGCCCUUGUUCUCGCGAGAUCUUCGUGUGCGCCCGGCUCGGGCGACCCGGGCUUCUGUGAAACAUGGCGGUCGGCUGGGACCGUACCACUGGCAUGACUAUAUGAAGGAAAAGGAAGGUUUUUCUGAAGAUGAGGCGACUGAAUCGGAGAAAAACCUUAAGUUUGGUGAAAGAGUUAGAUGCCUUUCCCAAGGUUCCUGACAGCUAUGUGGAGACAUCAGCCAGUGGGGGAACAGUUUCUCUAAUAGCAUUUACCACUAUGGCUUUAUUAACAAUAAUGGAAUUCUCAGUGUAUCAAGAUACAUGGAUGAAGUAUGAAUAUGAAGUAGACAAGGAUUUUUCUAGCAAGUUGCGAAUCAACAUAGACAUUACCGUUGCCAUGAAGUGUCACUAUGUUGGAGCAGAUGUACUGGAUUUAGCAGAGACCAUGGUUGCUUCUGCAGAUGGUCUGGCUUAUGAACCAGCACUGUUUGACCUUUCACCACAGCAGAGAGAGUGGCAGAGGAUGCUGCAGUUGAUUCAGAGUAGGCUGCAAGAAGAGCAUUCCCUUCAAGACGUGAUCUUCAAAAGUGCGUUUAAAAGUUCAUCAACUGCACUGCCACCAAGGGAAGAUGAUUCAUCACUGACUCCAGAUGCGUGCAGAAUCCAUGGUCAUCUCUAUGUCAAUAAAGUAGCAGGGAAUUUUCACAUAACUGUGGGCAAGGCAAUCCCACAUCCUCGAGGGCAUGCACAUUUGGCAGCACUUGUCAACCAUGAUUCUUACAACUUUUCUCACAGAAUAGAUCAUUUGUCUUUUGGCGAGCUUGUUCCAGGAAUUAUUAAUCCUUUGGAUGGAACUGAAAAGAUUGCUGUAGAUCACAACCAGAUGUUCCAAUAUUUCAUUACAGUUGUGCCAACAAAGCUACACACAUACAAGAUUUCCGCAGAUACCCAUCAGUUCUCUGUGACAGAAAGGGAACGCAUCAUCAACCAUGCUGCAGGCAGCCACGGCGUCUCUGGAAUAUUUAUGAAAUACGAUCUCAGUUCUCUCAUGGUGACAGUCACUGAGGAACACAUGCCUUUCUGGCAGUUUUUUGUAAGACUCUGUGGUAUUAUUGGAGGAAUCUUUUCAACAACAGGCAUGUUACAUGGAAUUGGAAAAUUUAUAGUGGAAAUAAUUUGCUGUCGUUUCAGACUUGGAUCCUACAAGCCCGUCCAUUCUGUCCCCUUUGCGGAUGGCCACACAGACAACCACUUACCUCUUUUAGAGAACAACACACAUUAGCACCUCGUGGGUGGAGAAAAACUUUUUGCCUGAGACAUAAAGCCUUUUCUAAUAAUAAAAUGUUGUGCAAUAUAUUCAAAGAAAAAGAAAAUAUGAGAACCCGGAAACUUACUUAUUUAAAAAAAAAAAAAAAGAAAAAAACAGCCAAGGAAAAUAAACAAACUGAAGUCGUCUUGUAUAUGUUGUGUCUGUUACAAAUGUCCUAGAAGAAAUUAUGCAGCUAACUGGAGAGUCAGCCCAGCCAACAGUGCCAGGUGAAGACAGUGCCUCCGAAGCUCUCCCAGCAAACAGACAAUAUGGAAGCAGAGCCUAGCGGAUGGACGUGAACCCAUAUUUAAAGAAAAGGGCGUUGAUAACUGAAAACAUAUGUGUGCGUCCUUUUUAAAGAUGUCAGAAUAAAAUGUGUAAAACAUGGAAACUAGUCUAGACUUUACAAACUGUAAUCAGCUCAUGUGGUUAAUAAAGGAAGCAGGGACUGACCCUGUGUUACAGCCAUAUUAAUGUUAAGCCAUAUUGACAAGAUGGUGGUGUCCAGUUUGGGGUUCUGGUGAAGGUCACUGCUUUCCUUUGAACUCCAGUCGCUGACUUUCCUGACUGUUGAAGGUUGAGUCUUAGAAGACUAAGGUGAAGUUUCCCAAGGCCAGGUGCACAAGUGCUGUGGUGUGUAACAGGUGUCAUUCACAGCUUGUACAAGGGACACCAUAGGGAGAAGAAAACAAAUGUUUAAAAAGAUAAACGUUCACAAUUUGUAAAGUGUGAAGGGAAACGCCAAGUGCUGUGUGCUUGUGAGGAGUGGAAAACUGGAUAGCUAAUUCUGACGGGCGGAGCAGUGUCCUUACAAGAUGUUCAGUCUGACACAGCUAAGGCGCAGCUGUAAAACCGGACAGGGCGCUGCCCUCAGGGCUCUGCACAGAAGUGAUGAGGCUACAGUGACUUGAAGGAGCCCUGUCUGGUGCUGUUAGUUAGAAACUGCCAGCCUCUUUUCCCUCUGUGACUCUGAAGGGCAGAAGUUAAUCACUGGAGGUUAAGUCAUUGAACGAGAAGACGGUUUCAGUCCCUGUCAGACACAGGACUACAUUGACAGUGGUGGCUUAGCAUGUGGCCUGUCACAAAUUAGUGUUUCAAGUGAAAUGUUUUUAAUCUUUAAAAACAGCUCUCUUCAAAGAGGGUAUCAAUCAGGGAAGGAUUUAGCAGUAUAGUGCGAAAAAUGGCAUUUUGUAGAAAAUAAGACAUUUUGGUUAAAGUAUUAAGUAAGAGUCAAGAGGUUAAGUGACUAAUACUAUUAUAAUGUUUUAAAAAUUUUUAAAUGGGUCCAGGAAACUUCAAAUUAUGAGUCUUCUCUGAGGUUUUUGUUUUGUUUUUCCCCUUAAAUUUUAUAGUUGAUCUAGAAACAGAACAUCUCCCCAGAAGAAUUUUGAAGUUGGUCACUUGAGACUGAAUCUCUACUCGCUAGGGAAUUCAGUCAGUUUUCAGGGAAGAAAAUACUGAUUUAGAGUUAUUUUCAGUAUUAUGUUUUUUAAAAAGAUUUAAGAUUAUUUUAAAUUAUUUCAAUGUUUUCUAAAUGCCACAUUAAAAAUUUUGAGAUGUAUCUUUUCCAUUAAAAUUGACUGUACAGGAA